AUGCUGGUUGAAAAUUCAACAGCUGAAUCGUCCAGUUCAGCCAAUUUGUUUACUUCUGUUGGCUCAAAUGCCUUUGUUGCUCUUCAAAGUAGCUUGUCAAUCAAUGUGUCUGAGUUUGAGCUUGAACUUAAGGCUUUGCCAAUGAAAGUACGUGCCAGCACUGCCGCAAUUUACAGAAUGCCCUUAGAACAUUGGAAGCAAAUGUAUAUGAAAAGUGUUUCAGUAGAGACUGAUGUUAGAAUACAAAUUGGCUUAAGAACAGAAGAUAAUGAAGAAAGACAAUUGACUUUGCUCCAAAUUGCUGAGAAUGCUCCUUCUAACAAGAACGGUAGUAAGAAAGUUAUUGAAGUUCCUUUAGGUAUUGAAUCUGUCAAUCAAUAUAAGAAAGUCUUGAUGUUCUUGCACAAAUUCCAGUCCAAGCACCAAGAAAAGUAUGAACACGACCUUGUUUACAACCAAGUACAAACAAAUGUAGAUAGAGCAGCCCAUUGUGUGAUUCGGGACUCUUAUAAGAAUCCUGACAGCAAAUCAGGCUUGCGCAAGAUGUUUUCUAUCUCUUUCCACCACCAUAUGCUACUUAGGGUUCAGAAUUUGAGAAAUUUAAACUUUGCGGAUUGCUUUUGCACAAUCAUUCCAAAGAAACAGCACAAAGAAAUGCAACAGACUCUUGCUUUGGUUUUUAAUCUAGACAAGGGCAAGACUCUGAAGGAAGGAGAAGUCAAAUUUGCAUGUGCCAUGUGCCAUGAAAACAUAUUCAGAUGUCCUUUUGGUACAUUUGCCUUUUUUAUGUUCAGUUUGCUUCAAGUAUUGCGUGGACGUACCAGCCCUGAGAAGAGUUUAACUGGCGCUUCUCAAUGGAAAACUGCAAAAAAGACACUUGCAGAUGAAGAGAUAUUCAUCACACGAGUAACAUAUGGUGGCCGUCAUGCUGGGUCAAUGGAAGCUGAAGGCUUAGGGAUACCUUUUGAUCUGAUCAAGCGAGGAGGAGAAUGGAAGGAUUGA